AUUGAAUGAAUUUUUUAAUACUUUCUGUACAUCAUUGUUCUAUAAAUUCAUAAAAUCCGCAAUCUAUUUAUUAAUCUUGAGAUAUGGUGUAAUCGAUUCCUUAAUAAUAAGAACCCCGCGAGUAAACUUGACGUAGAGAAUGAAGAGAAGAUAAGCUUCAACUCGAAUUCGUAUUUUGAUAUUGCGCGGCCCCUGAUAACGUAUCCGUGAUUAACGAAGCUUAUCGCAACGCGUCGUGGCGUCACGUAGUACGCGUGUGUAAAAUUGUGAACGCGUCCCUAUAGACCCGGGGAUCGGGUAUCCACGUCUCCGUCUGUCGGGUGGUGCUCGUCACGCUUGUGCCGGCCGGGGUUGGCUGAAACCCCCGACGACUGCCUCCACGUGCUGCGAAAAGCACUUAGUCGCCCUAAAUUGUAGGUCGCCGCCGUCGCUUCAACGGUGGGGGCAACAGAAGUGGUGGGACAGGGUCGAGCGCGUUGCUUCGGCCGUGAUCGAUGAUUUCCGUAGACGCUCGGCAUGGCCAGGCGGUAAACAUUGCACAGUACGAUUGGCCGUGUCCUGAGGCGGGUCCUUUGGUUUUCGAGUUUUUAGUUCCUCUUCGGCGUUCGGUUGUGAGAAGUGUCGAACGUACGCAUGAUGCGUUAAAGGGAAACGCACGCAAUCUUGUUCUGUUGAUCGGUUUUCAUUUACACCUAAUUAGUUUCGUCGAUUCUAUUGUUUACUGACGAAGGAGAAUGAACGUUGGAUUUUUUGGCAACGAAAGGAGGGUUUAACGGGAGCCUCGCAGAUAGAACGCAACGAAAAAUGAUCGGUCACUAUCAGACGGAGCAAAUGGCAAAUAGCGCAACGAUGAGCAGCAAAAUGCCAACCGUGAGGGGAUGCUCGCAGCACGAGCCCUCGCCGACGGUAGUGACAUUGAACUCUGUAAAGAGCCUCGUGUGUAGCCCGGAUUUGAGCGUGUACGCGUCGCCCGCGUGCGGCGUCGAGGCGCUGAAGGUCGAAGAGAAACCGUUUCAGUGCAUGUUGUGUCAAAAGGCAUUCGAUCAGAAGAGCCUGUACCAGAGCCACUUGCGCUCGCACGGUAAGGAAGGCGAGGAUCCUUACCGUUGUAACAUCUGCGGAAAAACGUUCGCGGUGCCCGCGCGGCUGACCAGGCAUUAUCGUACGCACACUGGUGAAAAACCCUACCAGUGCGAGUACUGUAAUAAAUCGUUCUCCGUGAAGGAGAAUCUCAGCGUUCAUCGUCGCAUUCAUACGAAGGAACGACCGUACAAGUGCGACGUGUGCAACCGCGCGUUCGAGCACAGCGGGAAGCUGCACCGGCAUAUGCGGAUCCACACCGGGGAACGACCACACAAGUGUACCGUCUGCUCGAAGACGUUCAUUCAGAGCGGCCAGUUGGUAAUACACAUGCGCACGCACACCGGAGAAAAACCGUACGUGUGCAAGGCCUGCGGCAAGGGAUUCACCUGCUCGAAGCAACUGAAAGUCCACACGCGGACUCACACCGGGGAAAAACCGUACACCUGCGACAUUUGUGGAAAAUCCUUCGGAUAUAAUCACGUGUUGAAGCUGCACCAGGUUGCUCACUACGGUGAAAAGGUCUACAAGUGCACGCUGUGUCACGAGACUUUCGGCUCGAAGAAAACAAUGGAGCUGCACAUAAAGACUCAUUCGGAUUCGUCCGUCGUCGGUUCUCCCAGAGACUCGCCGAUUGAGCCGGAGAUCGAGAUUUCUCCUUCGAACGGCUUGAGCACAAAAAAGGAGGAGCUCAAGACUGAAGAGCCGAACGAGGACACUGCUGUUUACAACAACACUCCACAGGAUUUUCCAUAUUACAUGUAUUCCAGAGAGCAGUAUUCGCAACCGCUUCAGGUGCCUAAGGAGGACCGAUGUCACCAAUCAACGCCGGUGGUUCCUCUUGAGCCACCGCAUAUGAUAUUUCUGUGCCCGGACGCUUCGCCGACGUACACUAGUUUCGGGAUUCAGAGUAACGAUUACAGUGACUGUUCGUCACUUCUCAAUCUGCCCGGUAACGAUGCCCGCAGAAGAGUGGAGGCUGCCCUCGAAGCUGCCGAAAGAGACCCGAUUUUGACUCCACCGAGCAGCAAUCCAGUGAGUCCCGUUCCCUCGCCGGAUCCCCUCGAUCUGGCGAUUCCUGUAAGAGAAACGUUGAUACUUCCCCCGAGGAAGCGGUGCAAAAUGAUCCUGGAAUCGAUGGAGAUCGAACGGAACGGAUUGAUCGCCUCGCAACGCCAGAGUUCUGUUAUUCAGUUCGCGAAAGCGUCAUAGUGGAGGAUUUCGAAGGAAACUGACCUUGAACCAGUGACAGUUUCAUGCACACGGUGAGACACGAUUCGAGUUUCGCGGCUAUGGGAGUGUGUAGCGUUAGAUACGCGUUCAGAAUUAGCGAUGGGUUGGAUGAAUGCAGAUAAUAAUUAAUAUUCGAUGUUACUGAAAAUUGUUGAACUGUUUCGACUCUAUUGACAAACUUUGACGUUGUUACGAAAAAUUCAAAGCUUUUAAGACUUUUAAAUCUUGGAUGCAAAAUAUAUAUGAGCGAGAGGAACUAUUACAUGAGACACGAGCCCAUCGCUAAUUGACUAAGGAGUUUCAUACCGAGAAUCGGAAUCGCAUUGCCGCGGAAUUUCACUGCGGAAUCUCACGAUCCAAGUUCAUUUUGUUUUUACGCCGAACGUUUGUUAUCACUUUAUUUGAAUUUUCUUCAAACCUCCACGCCACGUCUUUAAAAUGUAAAACGCUCCAAGCUCAGUACAAUACUACUGAAUCUACUUAAUCGGUAAUUACAGGUGACAAUAAUUUGAAAUCGUAAGGAGUUUGAGGAAAGUUGCGGUUGGAGAAUAUCCUUCGCCAAGCCUUAAACGAAACAAUAGAACAACGUCCACUAGUUUUACUAUUGAAAAUAAUGCAGAACACUUUGCAGUCCAAUAAAAUUCCGACAGAGUGGCCUCAUUAAUUCGCGGGUUUUGACUGGUUCCGAGAACUGUUUUACACGUGCCUCAGGUUGGACGUCGUAACGCACUUAUUGUUAGAGCUCGCCAGCGGAUCACACAUUCGUCAUUUAUAAACUGCCAAAGAUUAUACAGGAAACGUCAAUUCGCUUCGUCGCCAACUUACUUCCUUACGCUAUUAUGAGACGUAUAUCGAGAGAAGUUGAUUCAAACGAAAGCUACAGAAAAUUAAUUUUAAUUACGAAACUCGUUUAAUUAAAAUGAAAGCUACCGGUCCAAGGAAUUUUAAAUAUUAGAUGAUCGUACUUUAUUCAUAGAAAACGUCAUUAGAGAGGGUGAACACGAACAAGGUUUGCCUGACUCCAUCGACUCGUGGCUGGCGUGCUCCGUGUAAUCCUUUCGUAUUUCACAUUACGUGUACGUGUAGAUAUGUGUGUGUGCGUGUGUAUGUAUGUAAAUUGUAACGGAUUAAUGUAAAUAUAAUGAAGAUCGCGGGUCACUGUGACGCGAGUAGCGUCACCGUUUACGAAAGGCCUUGGAACUUACACGGUCGAAACAAUUUUUAUAUAUAAUUCAGUUAACUUUAAUUUGUUUUUAGUAGCAAAAAUAGUUGAAUAUAACCGGGUGGUUGCAAGAUAACACGUAAUUUUAGAAUAUUUCUCUUGUACAGUAUCAAAUUAUUCAAUUUGUGUUUUGACCAUGUUACUCGUUCCUUUAUAGAAUUUGAAAUGUAAUUUGAAAUAAUUUUCUGUUAAUUGACUGCGUUGAUUUUCCGAGGGCCAUGCCACUGUCGCGAAAAAGUGAAUCGCUUCUUUCGAGUAAUUUAUUCUAUCUUGAGAGUUGAAUUGUGCAUGUUUCAUAAUUGUAUAUCGCAUGGUAUUUUGUGUUCAGUUUAAGGAACGAUUCCAAUUUCUUGCCAAACAAACAAGACUGAUACCAGUCUAAACAAAAUUAUUCCUUCUUUUAAAAAAAGUAAUGAAAUUCCAAUUACGUAUUGAUACAAUACGAUAAAAGCGAUAUUUAAAUAGAAAAUAUUGCACCUAAUUGCUCAAUUUCGUCGUCGUUAGCCUCGUAUAUUUGUUUAAACAAAAUGUUUAAGUGAUUCUUCAUUAGCAUCCACAAAUAAUUAUUUCCAGUUCCAAACAAGAAUGCUAGCUCGCAGUCACAUAAAUGUGUAAAUGACAUUUUAUUUUUGUUUAUUUCGUAUCUCUAGAUUAUUCUGUUCACUUUUUUAUUCUCUAUAUAAAUACAAGUGUCUUAAAAUAGUUAUAAUCGAUAAACGAAGAGAAUAACUAAAUAUUUAAAAGGCAUUACAUUAAUAUUUAUUAUCGUGUUUGAGUCUUUACUCGGUAUCUGCUGAAGUACUAAAUAGAGAAUUCAAACGAAUAACAACUGACAUUAAAUAAAUAAAUUAUUUUUCUUGAUAUUUCUAUAUCGUCUUAAAUCUGAUCUAGUUUACGUUAUUAAAUUGCUUUAGAAAUCUGGCGCGACGAAAUUCGAAUUUAUUAGAUCUAUCGAUGCAAUCUCCGAUUUUUCAACACUAAUUACGUUAAGGCCACUUUUGAGGCAACAAUAAAAUGUUGACCAAUUUUUAUAAAAAAUCUAGCUUAUUUCUUAAAAGAGGCCUUAACAUCGUUCAUGAUAAGAAAUGGUCCAGCAAAUCGUUCUUCAAAAAAGUGAUGAUUAUGAAAAGCACACUAACUUCAAGUACAAAAGUCGAGUCCAAAAUUCGAGAAACUUAAAAAAGAAGAAAUGAGCCGAAAAAUUAAUGUUAUAUACAUAUAUUAUAUUUAAUUGCCGAUUAGUAGUAUUGACCACCUUUAAGAGGCUUGGUUUUAAAUCUUACUGGAGUAUAAACGAUUGCAAUUAGGGUAAGAUCAACAAAGAAGUAACAAGCUUCUGGUGAAAACGAAAUGAUCAAUGGAAACAAAAUUAUACAUGCAAGAGUAUUGAGGGAAGCUAUGCCCACUGCCAGUACAAGCAUGCGUGCAAGCAUGUAAGUUUAACGAGUUAAAAUUUGAAUCGAAUCGUCGCAAUUUAUUGUCAUUUUCAGCCAUUUGUAUUUAGAUUUCGAGUAGCUCCUAUAUUAUGGUAUACAGUACAGAGUGCAGAGUGCAGAAUGUUUUAUACAUAUUGAGAAAUAAUUUAAUGGGAGAUCCCGCGAGGAGCAUGGAAUAAAAGAAGAAUCUUUGCAUGUACCCACGAAGUUUCUUUGAAAAUAAUAUUAGAUAUAUCAGUUGAUGAGGUAGGUUCAUUUUCAAAUUCUCUUUUAUUGAUAGAUCGUGUGCUCCGCGCGUGAAUCUACCCUUUUUAACCUGUGGUUUAUAUGGGACAGCUUGCGUAUACAUUGAGCCAUUGUUCGUAUGCCGAUAAGCGAUACAAUAUUUAUAUAGGGGAGUAUGUAUGUUUUUCAUUUUGACACGUGGCCUGUGUACUAUUUUUUACUCAGCGUUUCGAAACGUUCUUCUAAGUUAAUGUGUUUUUGUUACGCGCGAAUUUAUAUUCUCGUUGAACGUGCGUAAAUUAAACGCGCAGCAUAAAAUUAAUGUGCAAUCGUAACAUUUAAGUCAAAUAGCUCGUUCCUUAAGUUCAUUUCUGUUGGCAAACAAAAGGGUUGCUACCAAAUGACCAAGCUUGUUGUUAUAAAUUUGGACGGUACGUUACAAGAAUAGUUAUAAGAAUAUGUAUUGCGACCGGAAUUUAGUAGCGUAGGAUUAAAAAUUAUUUCUUCGUAAAUCGUCGCGUACGGGCCACGUGACUAGUAAUGAAAACAGAUGAUAGAAGCAAAACCGAUGCGAAUUGUUAAGUAUUACGAUAAUGACGAGAAAUAGAUUUAAUACAUUCGGAGUUCGGAAAUGGGCUCUGGCGUAACAUUACAAUUAUCAGUUAUUACUUAUUAUUUUUAAGAUAUACAAAGUGCAUGCCGAGUGGGACGUGUUUUGUCCCAUUCUCCCGGGCGUGCGGAACUGACUACACAUAUAACGGAACGAAAAGAAACAUUUUUGUAGAGAUUCAUUGUAUACAAGACAAUUUCAACGAGAAUGUAAUGUAAACAAGACGCAAACAAUUCGUACUAACAAUCGAAAAGUACUUGUUCUUAUUCGCUUUUCGCGUUUCAAUGAUCGUUCGAUGAAACAAAAACGGCACGACGUUCAUGUAAAAAAAAUAAGACAAUGAUCAUCGUGCGCAGAUACUGAAAAAUCUUGUUUUAAGCGCGGCUCGCUGCAAUAAUUCUAAUUGUAACUGAUUUUUACAGUCUGAUCUCUGGAAUAGAGUGAUCAGUGUUUUUUUCUCUUUAUAAAUCAUGUUAUAGGUA